AUGGAUGACAGAGCCAUAGCACAAUGUUUACAAGAGGAUGAAUACAAUCAAACAAACAAUAGAACAUCUAGUUGGGAUAAUAAUAACAGCACUCACGAUAAGGUUGACGCAUUUGCUGCAACAACGAUAGGUUUAUACAAUAACAAAAAUACUAGUGAUGAGUCAUCUUACUAUACACUUGUUAGAAAAAACCAGUAUGACUACAACAAUCUUGUAGAAACAACAGAUGAUGCAGAGCUGGCAGCACAUUUACAAGCAGAACAAUAUGUACAGACGAAUAAACAGAUUUUUCUUCAGAAUAAUUACCAUGAACAAGACAAUGGCAGCUUCAAUAUUAAUUUAGAAAACGAUGCUACAAUUGCUUAUGAAUUAUAG